AUGACAGACGCAGUCGAGCGUGAGCCUACGCCUGAGAUACUACCACAAGACGAACAAGACAGCCUCGCCCUAAGCGUACAAUAUCAUGGACAACCUAUAACUCUCACUCUCUCGACCGAUGCCACCAUCGAAGACCUUUCGACCCUGGUCGCCGAAGACCUCCAAAUCCCGCCCUCGAACCAAAAGUUCCUCAUCUCACCAAAACCAGGUCUCCUCCGCCCACCCUUCAAAGACCCGUCCCUACGCCUCGACUCCCUACCACAAAAAUCAAAAAUCACACUCCUAGGCAGCACAGCCCAAGAAGUCGCCGACGUCGACUCUGCAAUCGCAUCCCUAAAGCAAAAACAACAAGCCCGCAGAGCCGCCCUCAAUGCCGGCCGCAAAGUCCAAGCCACACGCCAUCGCGACUGGAAGACCGUAACCGAAGAAGCAACAUACACCUUCGCCACCCUGCGACCACUACCACAUCUCCACCAGCCCGAGAAGUCUCUGCGCUUCUUGGAGCGUCUACGCGAUGACCCCGGCAUCAAAGCUGCAAUGCGCAAACACAAAUUCAGUGUUGGUUUGCUAACGGAAAUGGAUCCUGCCGAGCACACGACCCACGAAUCGCGAACUUUGGGACUAAACAGAAAUAGAGGAGAAGUGAUUGAGUUGCGUCUGAGGACAGAUGCAUAUGAUGGAUACAGAGACUACAAGGUCAUCAGAAAGACUUUGUGCCAUGAACUUGCGCACAAUGUGGUUGGUCCGCAUAAUGCAGAGUUCCAUGCUCUGUGGAACCAGAUCGAGAAGGAGGUUGAGAAGAACGAUUGGUCAAGAGGAGGUCACUCGCUUGGGCAGGAGGAGUUUUACAACCCUGGCGAUGACUAUGUCGACGACGAUGAUCACUGUGAUGCCGGUGGUUGGGAAGGAGGCUCCUACGUUCUAGGCGGAAGUACUUCGACUAUCCAGAGCUCUGCCGAACCUCUAACUCGACGAGAGGCUAUGGCUAGAGCAGCUGAAGAAAGAGCGAAGAAGCAGAAGAACUUGCAGAAGGCGGCUGAGCAUGAUUCUAGUCCACCAUCGAGUUGA